AUGUCUGCUCCUGCCGUCGCUGAAGCCACAGGUCCUACCGUGCCUGCUCCAGAUGCCUCUGGUGCCCCUGUUGCAGUUGCUCCGGCUCCCCAAAUUCCUCCUGCCCCUGCCCCUACCUAUGUUCCUCAGAAUUCCUUAGCUUCUGCGCCAAGUGCGUCCCUUUAUGUCGGAGAACUCGACCCAACCGUCUCCGAGGCUAUGCUCUUCGAGAUUUUUAAUAUGAUUGGGCCUGUGGCCAGUAUCCGCGUUUGCCGCGACGCAGUAACACGUCGCUCCCUCGGCUAUGCCUAUGUCAACUACCUCAAUGCCAACGAUGGUGAACGUGCCCUUGAGCAGCUCAACUAUUCUUUGAUCAAAGGCCGCGCUUGCCGUAUCAUGUGGUCUCAGAGAGAUCCCGCCCUGCGCAAGACUGGACAGGGCAACAUCUUCAUCAAGAACUUGGAUGAAGCAAUCGACAACAAGGCCUUGCAUGAUACAUUUGCUGCCUUUGGCAAUGUCUUGUCUUGCAAAGUUGCUACCGAUGAACAAGGUCGUUCCAAGGGCUACGGUUUUGUACACUACGAGACCGCUGAAGCCGCGAGCACUGCCAUCGAAGCUGUGAACGGUAUGCUUUUGAAUGACAAGAAGGUGUACGUUGGCCACCACAUCUCUCGUAAGGAACGUCAAUCUAAGCUGGACGAGAUGAAGGCCCAAUAUACGAACCUCUAUAUCAAGAAUCUUGACCCUGAGAUGAGUCAGGAAGAGUUCGAGACGCUCUUUAAACAGUAUGGCAACAUCACCUCUGCUGUCGUCCAGAUCGACGAGGAAGGCAAGAGUAAAGGCUUUGGUUUCGUCAACUAUGAGACCCAUGAGGAAGCUCAGAAAGCCGUCGAAUCUCUCCAUGACACUGAGAUCAAUGGCCGCAAAGUCUUUGUCUCUCGUGCUCAGAAGAAGGCCGAACGUGAGGAGGAACUUCGAAAGUCUUAUGAACACGCCAAGAUGGAGAAACUCAGCAAAUAUCAGGGUGUUAACCUGUACAUUAAGAACCUGGAAGAUGAUAUGGACGACGACAAACUCCGCGCCGAGUUCGAGCCCUUCGGGACUAUCACCAGCUGCAAAGUCAUGCGUGACGAGAAAGGUUCCUCCAAGGGAUUCGGAUUCGUUUGUUUCUCCCUUCCAGAUGAGGCCACCAAGGCUGUCGCGGAAAUGAAUAACAAGAUGAUUGGAACCAAGCCUCUCUACGUUUCGCUCGCUCAACGUCGGGAAGUGCGACGGCAGCAACUUGAGAGCCAGAUUGCUCAGCGCAAUCAGAUCCGAAUGCAGCAAGCGGCUGCUGCUGGUAUGCCCAGUGGAUAUAGCCCAAUGUUCUACCCUCCUGGACCUGGCUUCCCGCAGAGGGGAAUGAUGGGGUACGGUCAACCGGGUAUGAUGCCUCCUCGACCUCGCUACCCAAACGGCGGUCAGGUUGGAGGAAUGCCAAUUCCCGCACCGUACGGACAGGCUCCCCCUCCUCCUCAAGGCUACGGGAUGCCAGGCUAUCCAGGCCGUGGUGGACCUCGUCCCGGGGCACCUCGCGGACCUGGCUCACCCACUAUGCCCAACGCUCCUAUGCCCCGUGCCAAUGGCCCUCCCACGACCAACGGCGCCCCCCGUGCUCCAGGUGCUCCAGGUCCUCAAGGUCAGCAACAGGGCCGUCCUCCCACUGGUCCUGCAGCCCAGAGCGGUCGUGGCCCUCAACAGAUCCAGCCAGCUGGUUACAAGGGUAAUACUCCGAGCCGCAACCCUGGAAAUCCUCCCGCCUCUCAGGCCCCUCAAGCUGCUGCUCAGGCUGCAGCAACUGGCCCUGACAUCUCUCCCUCGGUGUUGGCAAACGCCAACCCUUUGGAACAGAAGCAGAUGCUUGGUGAAGUCAUUUACAUGAAGAUUGCUAGUUCUCAACCCGAGUUGGCCGGCAAGAUCACUGGCAUGCUUCUCGAGAUGGACAAUUCUGAGCUUCUUCAUCUCCUUGAACACCCAGAAGCAUUGAAUGCUAAAGUUCAGGAAGCUCUCAUUGUUCUCCAGGAGUACACUGGUGGUAGCAAGGAGGAAGGCCCGCAGUAG